AUAUUUCACACAAUGUCUGACACUCCGAUUGAACAGAGAAUCACCUACACCGUUAAGGACAAGGUUGCCAUUAUCAGAUUUAACCUCCCGGAUGCUCUUAACGCGCUUGACGGUGACGAGUACUUGCAGUUUGCCAAGCUCAUUUCACGGGCUGAUAAUGAACCAGAUACCAUUGCCACGAUGCUUACAUCUUCCGGCCGUUACUUCUCCGCCGGUGCCAACGUGACCCGUAUCGGCAUGCUGAGUACCGAGGACACUGAAAACAUAGAGCGGUUCUGGUUGAACCAGUUUGUGUCCCGCAACACGUACAUCACGUAUUUGUUGUCCAACCACAAGAAAGUGCUCGUCGCUGCGCUCAACGGUCCGGUCAUCGGUUUGAGUGCCGCUAUUGUGGCCUUGUGCGAUUUAAUCUACGCCUCCACUGAAGACUUGUUCUUCUUGGCACCUUUUGCCAACUUGGGUUUGGUCACCGAGGGUGCCGUCUCUGCGUCGUUGUACAAAAGAUUAGGGUUCUCCAAGGCUAACGAGGCUUUGUUGUUGGCCAAGCCGAUCUCCGGGAAGGAGUUGUACCGUUUGGGCUUCAUCAACAAGUUCUACCUCAACACCAAGUCUGUAGAAGACUUCAAUGACCAGGUCGUAGCUGACUUGCAGGAGAGCAUCAGCGGGUUGUACGGGCCUUCCAUCUUGGAAAUUAAGGGCUUGAUCAAAGACAAUUACUUGUUUGACUACGAAAGAGCCAACUCUAGAGAAGUCAUCCAGGGGUUUGACAAGUGGGUCGCCGGUAUUCCACAGCAGAGAUUCAUGGAGGUUGCUACCAAGCAGAGAAAGCACAAGAUGUAGCUUAUAUUUUAGUAUUUCCCCCGUCGCGGGUUGAGUAGUUUUUAUCAAUAUAGUAUUCAUUAGCUGAACCAAUUUGGUAUUUCUGACUGAUCGUACGUGCGUGGCUACCUCGCUAAAAAAGGGACUCUGCCAAGGUAUUGUAUAUAGUCAC